AUGGUUGGUGACUUGUACAGUUUUGGAGCGAAGGAUGAUGACAAAUAUAUGGAUGAAGCCGAUUUCAUUGAUGCUCUUGGGUACGACUUUUUCGACAGAAGCUCAAAGCAAAUGGCCGGAGUAUGGGCUUAUGGUUACACAACAUUCCCAAAAUCGCCAGACCUUGGCAAAAUCACUGCGAAUCGUAGCGUUUUCCGGAGCGAAUUAUCCAAAAUGCAUGCAAUCUCCACAAUCAACAAGAUGGCUGAGGACAGUCGGGUGAACUGCCUGGUCUUCUUCUCAGCAAGCAAUGACUCGAAAUCUUUGCCAAAACUCAACCCAGAAAACAAGCGAAUAGAGCGAAUUGUAGCUGUCGGAUUUGCCGGUUAGUU